GGUGGUAGCCAAUAGGAAGGGUCGGCCCCGCCCUCCCCGUGCGUGUGUGGCGGGAGGGGGGGCGCGAUGGCGGCGCCGGUGCGGGACCGGGAGGCGCUGCAGAGGCUCAGCUUCCUCUUCCAGGCCGCGCACUGGGUGUUCCCCCACAGCCCCGCCCUCGCCCGCUUCUACUGCAGCACCCAGCGAGGGGCCGCCCGGCGCCUCGUCCUGCGCCUGGCUCCCUCGGUGAAACGGGCCGUGUGUCGGCGCUGCUGCUCCCUCCUGCUGCCGGGGGCCGGGGGCAGCCUGCGUCUGCGGGGGGGGGGGCAGCCCCGCACCGUCCUGCGCUGCCGGAGCUGUGGCCGCAGCCGGAGGUACCUGUGCCAGCAGGAGCCCCGCCCCCUCGGGGAGGCCACGCCCAUGGGCCCCGCCCCAGAAGACAGCCCAGCAUGAUCCCUACCCAGGAACAGCACAGCAACGCGACUGCUGAUUGGCUAGCGUGGAAGCCGGCUCUAACCAAUGAGAAACCACCUGCUGCAGAAAUAAACCUCCCUUUAUUCCA